UUUGUUUGGAAGAAGAAAGAAGGCUUGUCGCAUAACAAAUUUCAAAGAUAUUUCCAUAAUUGUAGAACAAAUGCCUCUCGCUAAGUAUAAAUCAGUUAUAAUAGAAUGUAUAGACCAACUCCGCCAACGAAAAGCGCGACCAGAUGCAAUGCGAAUCGCUCAUUUGGUUGCGCGACGGCAUGGUUUGAAAACUGCGGAGACGGAAGCCUACCUUGAACAACUUGUCGACUCGGGAGACGUUUUGAAAGUAGAAUUUAAAGGAAACACAAGUUAUAGAGUUCCUUCAAGUUCCAAAAGCAUAAAACAUGGCAAGAAAAGCUUAAAUUCAGAUGCAACUAACAAAAACAUCCUUGAUGCAUUAGCCGCACUUUGCGGCAGCGGUGCCGAUGGCGAGAACAAGGGCGCAAGUGUGAAAGAGAUAGAGAAAUGGUUCAACACCAAUUCUGUAGAGCCUCGCCUAACAAAACAACAGCUUCAAGUAGCACUGGAUAGGGAAGCAGAUAAUUUGGUCAUCCUGAAACUUGACAAUGGAUAUUACAAGAUAAUUUCAGAAUCUGGGAAAGAAAAGCAAAAGAAAGGUGGCCUUAAAAGAAAAUUGUCACCUAAACCAGUUUUGAAAACUGAAAUAUCUUAUGAUGAAACAAGUCUUAACAGAAGAGGACGACCGCUUUCAAAGAGAAAGAAGAUAAGGAAAAGUCAUGGACCAGACUUUGAAACCUUUUAUGAACAAAGAGCCAAUUCACCUGGAACAAGUCUAUCCUGUGAUUAUUGCCUCAAGUCUGCUAGGGAAAAAGAUAAUGGAGAUUUAGAAAAGAUACUACUCUGCAAAGAUUGUAAUGCACAAGCACAUCCAUCAUGUAUGGGUUACAAUCCAGUGUUAGCCAAAAGAGCAUUGCGUGGACCAUGGCAGUGUAUAGACUGUAAAAUCUGUAUUGUGUGUGAAGAUGCUGGUGACCCUGACAUGAUGUUAGUUUGUGAUGCCUGUGACAAAGGUUUCCAUAUGAACUGUCAUGAACCAGCAGUGGAGAAGAAACCACAAGGAAAGUGGGUAUGUGGUAAUUGUGUAACAGAAGGUACUGCUGAUGUCAGUGUAGAAAUAGAAGACACACAAGAGGAAGAGCAAGUGGCAGAGGGUGGUGGUGCUUCAUGUCUACCAACUCCUUGUGAAUCACCUGCUUCCGAAGAGGAAGAAGAGGAAAGACCGAAACCUCCUCCAAAGAAAAUGAAGAAAAAAUUAGAGAUUCGACCAUCAGCUGCUCCGCUAGCAAAAUAUCCUGAUGCUUCACGAUGGAAAGUGGUAGAUGUUGUUGGCUUCUUUGUCAAGCUAGGUUUUAAGGAACAGGCUUCCUCAUUUCAAGACCAGGAAAUAGAUGGACAAUCAUUACUGUUGCUGAAGAGAAGUGAUGUUUUAACUGGUUUGAAUUUAAAAUUAGGACCGGCGCUCAAAAUUUAUCAACAUGUUGCUAAACUACAGACAGUAGGAAUAGAUUUAGAUGAUUAUUAAUAACAAAAAAGUGAUCAUUUCAUUAGUAAUAUCACCAUUUGAGAAUAAAUGUCCAUAAUAUUUCAUAUGACAUGUUACAGUUGAAAUAGGAAAGUAGACUGGUAUUUGGUUAUAAUAUUUUUGUGAUAUAUUAGAAAAUAAAAUUGAGAAUGGAAAUGGGGAAUGUGUCAAAGAGACAACAACCCGACCAUAGAACAGACAACAGCAGAAGGUCACCAACAGGUCUUCAAUGCAGCGAGAAAUUCCCGCACCCAGAGGCGUCCUUCAGCUGGCCCCUAAACAAAUAUAUAUACUAGUUCAGUGAUAAUGAACGCCAUACUAAACUCCAAAUUGUACACAAUAGAAGUGCAUUUCUGUUUCAGAAUCAUGCACAAACAAUACAAUUUUUGGCAUAAGGACUUCAACUUGUACAAAAUGUUUUAACAUUUUAUAUAUUAUGCUGAUUAAAAAUGGUAUCUUAAACUUACCGGUAAUAUAUAGUGUUUGAUAAAGGUUCAUACAUUGUAUUUCAUUGGAAAGGGAUAACUGUGAAUAAAAAAUAUUAGGGUCGAAAACUGGAAUUACAUCUUGAAAAGACAUUUUCAAUUGAAAUUUUUCAUUGUUAAGAAUCGGCUUCUAAAGUAGGUAUAUACUUAAGUGCAUUAUUUCAAAAACUUUUAUGGACAAAUAUUGUAUAGGCCAUCAAACUUUACUUUGGUACUUUUGAAAAUCAACUUUUUGACAUUUAAAAAACAAUAUUUAUUUUGUGAGUCUUCAGUAAAAUAGUAGCAACAACACAUAAAUAUUACAAUUUUUACAUCAUUGUGUUCAACUGACCAUUAAGGUCACUUGGCAAGUUUAUUCCCGGUGAUAAUCAUCUGAUACUGUAUAUACCAUAUUUGAAGAUCAUCUAAGUCAUUACUGUUGUUGUUUUUCUUUAAAAUCUUACUUUAGAACUAAGAAAAGGGAGUGAAAAAUAUGUUUCCAAAUAUAAAUCAGUAAUGUGUUAAAUGAAUUAAUCAUUUUAAAAAAGACCAGUCAUUUAAUUGAAGUAACCAUAAGUAAGCAGAAUUUCAGGCCAAGUACCAAGUUCAAUUUUUGGGGCAAAAAAUCAGGUUUUGAACAUUUGCAUUUUCCCUAAGUAGGAACAAAUAUACUUGCAGAGUCAACUUUAUAAUUUUUUCAAACAAGUUGAUAUAUUCAUUAAAAUGCUCUAUAGCUGUAAUUAUUAAAGAACUUGAUUUGAAGAGAACAUUUAGUGUUUGAACCCUAAAUGCAAUUGAAUUUGAAUUAUGACUUUUUGGUCAGUAUAAAAUUUAUUGAUUGCAAAUUUUGAAGUAAAAUCAAUGAUACCAAUACAAAUUUCUCAUAAUAAGAGGCAGUCAUACCUGUUGAUGUGUUUUGGUUAUUUUGUGUUGUUGGGUUGCUGUCUCUGACAAAUACCCUGCAUAAGAGGGCAACGAAAUGACAAAAAAAAUACUUCAAAGACAGCAUUCAUAGCCUACUUUUUAUUAAAUUGUGUCAUAUUGAUGUCUUGUUGACGUUUUUUUGUUGUUGGAAAGUAUUGGACAAAAGAAGGUAACUUCAUUGGUAAACUGAAACUAGCUAAAAGUAGCCAGGAACAUGAGCUCAUUUUUUAGAAAACUAAAUCAGGUAUAUGUUGUUAGGUGUUGUUAGACCAUUUAAAUAGAUAUAUGUUAUAUAUAUAUAAUCUCAUUUAUAAUGAAUUAUGAUAUGAGAAUUCUUUGUAGUACAUAUAUUGUGAACCAAUUUGUUGUGUAAAAAUAUGGUGUUUGUAUAAAAAGAUAUUUUAGCCGUCACACAGUUUUAAAAUGAAUAAGAAGUUUUAAAGAAAAGACAUCAGUCUUUAAGUAUAUUGCUCAAUGAUUAUAGUUUUAAAGAUUUAUGGUUAUACAAAUUGUACAUAUAUAUAUAUUUUGUUUUAAUGUAACAUGAUUUAUGUUAGGUAAUGUUAUGGCCAGUAGUCUGAUUAUCCAGACAUAGAUUAAUUGAGAUACAUAUCAAUAUGUACUUCUGUUUCAGGAAGUUGUUUGUGGUUAAAAGAACUUUUAAUUUGUGUACUUUAUCAUGAAGGGUUAUAUCUGUAAACCAGUGGUUCCCUUUUUCUAACAUUUUUGUAAAAUUUGACUUAUUUUUUUUUAUUAUUCAUAAAGCUGAUCUUUUGUAAGAUUCUAUUUCUUAUUUUUUUUACGUUAAUUUCAAAGUGUUCAUAAAAUUCUUACUUCAGAAUGUAUUUUUAUUCUUUUCUCUUAAGUUCAUGAAUAUUUUGAACUUUUGUUAUAGAUACAAGUUAUGAAAUUGAUACCUUUGGUUCACUUUUUUAUAUACUUGACUGUUUAGGGAAUAUUUGAUGAAUAUAGAUGACACUUAAAAGACAAUAAAUACUGAAAUAAAUAUCUUGACAGAAGAA